AUGUCUUCUUCGCAACAUAGUCAGAGUCUAGACACCAUCGCCUCCGACCCAGAGGCAAGAGCCGCCAGGGACUACGAGGAGCAACAUUCUUACACGCAGACUAUCAGCAAGUUCCGCCCUGCAAUUAAGUGGUCCAUUUUCUUCGCCAUUACCAUUGUUGGAGAGGGCUACGAUCUUGCCCUCAUGGGCAACUUCUUUUCCAUGCCCCAGUUCCAAAAUCUCUUUGGCCACUCCCCAGGACGCAGUGCCGCCAAGGAAAUACCCGUCUUUUGGCAAUCCAUGAUCCUCACCAGCAGCCAGCUUGGACAGGUUUCCGCGAUGUACUUCGCCGGCCUGUCUAUGGACAGAUUUGGCUACCGUAGAACCAUGAUGUUCUCCCUCGGGACCGUCAUAGUGUUCCUCUUUGUCACAUUCUACGCGACGGCGGCAUUAGCCACGAGAGACCACAGGGCAGGCCUCGGAAUGAUAGUCGGCGGUAGCUAUCUCUUGGCCUGCGUUCUCGCCUACGUAUCAGAUAUCUCCCCCCUGAAGCUCCGUCCGGUCCUUAUGACGUUCGUCUCCAUGUGCUGGAUCCUUGGCCAGCUCCUAUCAACGGUAGCGAUCAAGAGCGUAACAACGAUCAAAGACAAUGAUAUAUUGGCAUACCGCAUAGCCGUCGCUUUCCAGUGGGUAUGGCCUCUUCCGAUACUCAUUUGCGUCUUCUUUGCACCCGAAUCGCCUUGGUGGCUCAUGCGACAAUCUCGCCCCGAUCUUGCGCGCAGUUCACUCGUCAGGCUCAACCCAGAUCCGGCAUACCCCGUCGAUGGCCAAGUCAAGGUUCUUGAGCUCACCGACCAGCAAGAGAAAUGCGAUCAGAAUGACUUCGAGAUCACGUAUCUGGAGUGCUUCCGUGGCGUCAACCUUCGCCGUACCAUGAUCGUCGUGACGACGAAUAUAACACAACAACUCUGCGGGUCUUCGCUCAUGUUCUAUUCGGCUAAGCUGUACCAAAAGGCCGGCAUGAGCAGCUCCAAGUCGUAUGACUUCACGCUAAUCCAGUGCGCUAUCGGCAUUAUUUGCAUCGUCACCUCGUGGCCCUUGAUGAAGUACAUUGGACGCAGGACGAUCUGGCUUUGGGGCCUCGGGGCCGCAGUUAUUCUCAUGGCCGGCGUUGGCGUACUGGGGUGUUUUCACGACGCACACGCGGCCAUUACAUGGGCCAUUGUGAUUUUGCUCGUUGUCUUUACUGGGGUUUACAACCUCUCGAUUGGCCCACUGACAAAUGCCAUCAACCCCGAGAUAUCCUCGACGCGCCAGAAGGCCAAGACGCUUGUCAUUGGCCGUGUAGCAUCCCUUGUCGCUGGUCAGUUCAACAUGUGGCUAUUGCCGAUUAUGCUGGAGGAUGCUCCCAAUGGAUGGGGUCUUGGACCUCGUACGGCGUUGGUAUACUCUGGUAUCAAUGUCAUCUUCUGGGUUUGGGCGUACCUUUUCCUCCCAGAGAUCUGCGGCAGGCCGCAGGCGGCCAUCGAUGAGCUGUUCAAAAGGAGGAUUUCCGCGCGCAAGUUUUCCCAGGUAGAGGUGGAGACUUUGUGA